CUCCGUCUGUGAUAUUACGUCCAUUAAGUGUCAGUAAAUGUGUCCGAAAAUCUUUAAAAUUCCCUCAAACCGUUCGACAAUGUGUCAAUGAAUAAAUUUUCCAAUUGUCAUUGAUGAUUGGUGAGUUAAAUAAUUGACAAGUGGCGAUUAAUGUGAGCGUCGUGUCCGGUGUUGACGAAAACUCGGGUGUCUAUCUGCCAGACUGCAGUAUCAUCAUUGACGUCUGAUCUGAAAUCCGCGCCGCCGCAGCGGUCUAUAUACAUUAGGGUUGAUUUUCCAUUGAAGAGGGACACCUAGCAGUGAAUCCAGAUGCGUCCACGUGCAUUGACAUAAUUUAUCAAAUUUCAAUGGUCAUCUUGAUGGAUAAUAGCUGCAAUAAUGGAGGUUUUGCCAAUUGGGGACACGUAGAGUAGAGAAGGGAAGAACGAGUAAGGAAAAUGUUUAGUUUUCAUAAACCGAAGGUUUAUCGGUCCACCACAGGAUGCUGCAUUUGCAAGGCCAAAUCCAGCAGCUCCCGAUUCACCGACAGCAAACGGUACGAGGAGGAUUUUUUUCCCUGCUUUUUGCUGGAAGAGAGGCGCACUGGCGAAAUCUGUAAUGCCUGCGUGCUUCUGGUAAAACGAUGGAAAAAACUACCAGCUGGAAGCGAUCGAAAUUGGAGUCACGUUGUUGAUGCACGAGCAGGACCGGGAAUCAAAUCUCUGACCAAAUUCAAAUCAAAGAAUAAGAAGAAGCUGAAGGAGAGUAUGGAGAAGCUAUCCAGGAAGAAGAUAUUGAACAAGCCCGAUGAAGAUCGCGAGCCGAGUCCCGCAAUGAGCGAUGAUUUGAAUGAUGAGGAGAUGACGGAGACUGGCAGCAAGGGAUCGAGUCGUGCUGGAAGUCCCGAGGGCAGUGAUGACACUGUCACAACAAAUAAAAGACUUGAUAACAUAAAUUGCGUUGAAGAGAAAGAUGACUACAAUGGGUUCAUUGAUAUGACCUAUUUCAAGAGGGAGCGAAUCUGCUGUGGAGAAAUAUUUAGAGGUCUCUACGGUGAGAUAAUCGUCGAUCCAUCCCUGAUAAAACGUUGUGCUGGUUGUCUGAGCCUUCAACGACGUCCACGUGAGGUAAAUGCUCCAGCCAACGCCAGUCCAUUCCACAGCUCGUCAGCAGCAAGUCCAGUCCACAGUGCAGCCUCUUCAAGUCCAGCUCACAGCGUUGACUCAUCCUCAGAGGUAUCAAAGACCACUGGCAAAAUCUUCAGCGAUUCCUCAUCAGACUCUGGCUACGACGAGUCAUCGAAUCCUGGUAUUGGUGAGAGUAAAAUCAUUAAGAGCAGUAGUAACAGCGUCGUCGCGAGUAUCAAAGUCCAUCAGAGUAAAACGAUACAAUUGAAGGCAGCUGCACUGUCAGAAACUAUCAGAUUAACGAGCGAAGUUCCCAUUAAAUUAGUAACCACGAAACAGGUGGAGACAUUCACGUGUCAACCACUUGAAAAUCUCGUAACGUCAUCAGACUCACAGCUCCCAAUAUCAAUUCCUAACAAUCCACUCGUGGAUUUCGCUAUUCACGCUGCAAGACAUUCUGUCACUAAUUAAUGACAGAAACACCUCGCGAUAGGUGUCUCAAUAAUUUAUACAUAUUUUUUUUCUUUUUUCUCUUUCUUUCGUGGUAGUCUAGGCGUACUGGAGACUUUAAUUUCAUUAAUUGCGUAGAUAAAGAUAAAUUAAACUUCCAAUACAAGUUUUAUACUUAAAGUCUAUAUUCUUAAUAACGUGACGAUAUUUUUUUCGGAUAAAUAAUGCAUUGUAUUGUGAAAUUAGGGAUACCUGCAAUUUAAAAAGUCAUUCGAUUGAUCGUGAAAAUUUAUUGUUGUAGUUUUUUGUAUUUAUUACCCAGAGAUAAUGGCCUGAGGUGGGUGGGUAAGAAUUGAGCUGUUGAAAUAGUGCAUAAUCGAAAGUGUUUUGAGAAAAUACGAAAAUUGGAAAAAAAAAAAUUGGUACGUCGAUACAUCAAAAUGCUGUGAUGAAUAUGUGGUAUAUUUCAUGUUCCAAAUUUUUAAUGUAAGGCAGUCUUUCGGUAUGUACUGAAUUUGUGAUGAAUUUUGGAACUAUUUAAAUGAUAAAGUCAGCUGCCCAUCUCCAGCGCUAGAUUUAUCUGGGAAAUUGCGUGCGUGAAAGUUCUUAGAUGCCAACAAUGUUACUCUAACGUUUGGGGCCAAAUUAAAUAGAAUGUUCAGUGGUGAUUUAAAUUGAAAUGCAUUUCCUCGUUUUGUGGGUGGGAUACUAGUGAACUCCAUGACGUUAGGUGUAAGAAGCUCGUGCUAGGAUGUGAUGUUAUUCAUCAGUCGUUGAAAAAUCGUUCACCUCUCAACUCAGAGGUGUCAAUGAAAAACAGUGAAAAUUGGUAAUGGCGAGUCAAUUAUAUGACUGAGCAAUUGGAUAAAUGGACUGCUUCAGUGCGAGUACUAGACUGUUUGAGAGAAAAAUAAUAAAAACGUUAUUGAGAGAGAUAGAUUGACAAGACGUCUAGUUAAGUUAGUAUAAGGUAUUUUCUUUACUUGAAUAUUAAAAGUUGAUAACAGCACAAGGAAGUUACCUCUUGAACCCUCCGAUCGUUUCUAGCCUACUAAAAACAAAACCACAAUAACACAACUGGUCACGAAUCGAUAACGAGACACAAAGAUUACUUUUUAAUUGUAAAUGUGCAAUAUUAUAUUCUUUGUGUCUCAUCUCAUUGAUUUGGCAUUAUUUUUUUUAUUGUAUUAUAAAUGAAGAAUGUUGAAGUUUUCCUCAUAAACUUCACAUAAUCAGAGUUUUACAAAAAAAUAUCAUAAAAUACAAAAAAAAGGCUCAUUGA